AAGUUUAGCUGGGUUAUGCCGGGAGUUGUAGGCCUUUUAUUCCAGGCUUGUUCCCUGGCUAAACUCCCACGCGUUGCACCUUUUGUGCACUGUGAGAUCUCUGCCCUGCUGCUGGUUUUAAACUUUUCAGUGUUGCAGGCAUCCCGUUCUGGUCUUUCGCGGGUUUCACUGCUGGGAGCCGCCCGGAGAACUUCGGCUUUCGGGCGGCACGAGAGCAGCGAGCGAACCGGUUGCGCGAGAGCAGCGCCCCCGUCGCUCACGCCUUGGGCCCGCCCCUUCCGGCGCUGCUCUGCCCUGCCGCGCGUCGCCGUUGUCGUUGGUUCCGGCUCCUGGGUGGCCAGUGUGCGGGUGAAAGUCACUUGGAGGAGGAUCCUUGGCCGUCGUCGCUGCCGCUGCGGGAAGGAAACAUGGCUGAAGACAUCCGGACCAAGCUGGAAAACUACAAAACCGCUCCAUUUGACAGCAGGUUCCCCAAUCAAAAUCAAACAAGGAAUUGCUGGCAGAACUAUCUUGGUCACUAACUGGGAUGAACAAAGAGAAGAGGGGACCUUCCCUGGCAAGAUCUGAUUGCCUUGCAUCUGUCAAGUUCUCAGGACGUUGUUGUGCUGUUGAGUCCCUUCUAUGCCGUGACUCUGAAGGAUUCUCUGAAGUCUCUCUCCUCCUGGGUCUCGUCCACUUGAAUGUCCAACAUCAUGUGACAGUGUAAAGUCUCGGAUGCUGUAAAUUCUAAUUAAAGACAUAUGAAAUCAA